AUGUGUCGUCCUCGCGCGCCCCUGCUCGACGAGCCCCAGUUACAGACGCGCCACCCCAGCCGCUUCUACUGCUUCGGCCGCUCCAUCAACCGCAACGUGGCUUGGACAUGGGCAGCGGUCCUUGCACAGGGCCUGGCCGACUCCAUCUGGGCCGGCACGGUGCUUGUCAAGUUCCUGAACGAACUGCUGGGCAACAACGCCUACGUCGGCUACAUCGAAGCGGCCUCGGGCGCCGCCAAUCUCAUCGUCGCGCUGCCGGUUGGGGCAUGCGCUGACCGUCUCGGCAAGGGCCGCGUCGCACGGUGGGGUGGUGCACUCAUUCCCUUCGGAGUCGCGCUCACUGCGUACGCCGCCUCGUACGGCACCUCUCACCCGCCGACCGACAGCGGCGGUCGGCUCUCUUUGCUCCUGCUCUUCGUCGCUGUGCAGUGCUUGUGGGGAGUCGUGAGUGCGGUCGGAAACGGGCCGGCGCAGGCGCUGUAUGCUGACUCGGUGGCGACGGGAGAGCGGUCGCACGCGUACACAGCGCUCUUUGUCAUCUACCUGCUCGCGUCGGCGGGCCGCACCUGGUCCCUCACGCCGCUGCGCAACGUCAUCUUCGCCGGCCUCGGCUUCGAGCUCGUCGCGAUGGGAGUCCCGUACGUGCUCUUCGCCUCGUCAGUCAAGUUCUUCCCUCUCUUCUUCGUCAACGACUGCGGCCUCGCGCCCGCCCAGGUGCAGCUCAUCUACGUGGUUGUCCCGCUCGUGAUGGCCGCCAUGUCCGGGCUCGGCACGAGAGCGGCGCGCUGCUUCGGCCGCGCGCAGGCGAUGCGAGGCCUCCAGUCGGCGGGCAUCCCUGCAGCUUUCCCUCUGAAGCCUCGCGGAGCCUCCCGGCAGGUGAUGUGCGGCUUCAAGACGGCGGGCAUCGCCCUGCUCGUCUGCAUGGCGCUGCUCGACUCGUGGGUCAAGCGCUCCGCCGUCGGCAGCAGCGAGCACACCUUCCGCGUCGCCGUCGUCGCGGCGCUCUACGUGGUUCGGACCGGGCUGAUGAACUGCACGUACCCGCUCGAAGAGUCGCUGCUGAUGGACCACGUGCCGAAGAGCGCUCGCGCGCGCUGGAAGUCGCUCGACUCGAUCUCCGUCUUUGGCUGGUGCGGCUCAGCGGCUCUCGGCGGCUACCUCGCCGACCGGUACUCGUACUCGACCACCUUCCUCGUCACCGCCGCCAUCCAGCUCGCAGGGACCGCGCUGCAGAUCCCGCUCAUUUUCAUCACGCGCAAAGCCGAGCUGCGGGAGGCGGCGGCGCGGGCAGCGCCGGCCAAUGAGGCCCCACUCAACUCACGAGAGCGCAUGGGCGCCUCGCGGUGGGGAUACAUUCAGAUGGUACACUGUCUCAGAGGCGGAUGA